AGCUGGCUACCAGUGCUUUAAAGGACACGUGUGCCUGUCUGCACGCUUCUGGACUGAGAGACAGCACUCCAAUGAUGGCACAGGGCUACUGGUUGAAGCUGGCCUUGAGAUCAUGAAGGCCUCUUUCGCCCUUAUUCUCCCUCUACUCCUAUCCCUCAGCAAUGCCCAGGUACCCCACUGGGGUACCUGUCCAGAGCCACCUCUCCAGCCAAACUUUGUCUUAAAACAGUUCCUUGGGACAUGGUAUGAAGUUGCGAAACUGCCAGCUCAGUAUGAGAAAGGGAGGUGCAUUGAGACAAACCUGACAAUGAAUGCAGACGGGACCAUUAAAGUAUCCAGCUCAGAAAUACGGAAAGGACAGUUGAAGACUAUGGAGGGGACUGGUAUCGUAGAGGACAUUAAUCAGCCAGCCAAACUGGGAAUCAGCUUCUCUUUCCUCGCACCUUACUCCCCGUACUGGAUUAUAUCAACUGAUUAUGACAAAUCGGCGCUGGUGUACUCCUGCACUGACAUCCUGAGGCUUUUUCACGUCGACUUCGCCUGGAUCCUGGGCCGCACGCGCACCCUUCCAGCAGACACCAUCAACAGAGCAAAAGACAUUUUUACCAAAAGCAACAUUGAUGUCACCAGAAUGAUUUCAUCUAAACAACAGGGCUGUGACAAAGAGUUUUGAAUGACUAAAAUGCAAAAAUGUCAAAUAGUUUAAAGACAAAUCACAAAAAACCUUUUAUUAUUGGUUAUUUGAGGGUCCGUCUGGAUGACAAACAUGCAAUUCAGUCAUCUAUUC